GAGAGAGAGAGAGAGAGAGAAGAUAGCAUGGGGAGAGCGUUCGAUUAUGUAAUAGUGGGAGGAGGAGUGGCAGCUGGAUAUGCAGCUCAUGAAUUUGUUAAGAGAGGCGUUUCUCAUGGGGAGCUCUGUAUAAUCUCUGAAGAAUCGGUUGCACCAUAUGAAAGGCCUGCAUUAAGCAAAGGUUAUUUACUUCCAAAAGAUCCUGUUCGUCUUCCAUCAUUUCAUUGUUGUGUAGGUACCAAUGAGGAAAAUUUAACCCCGAAUUGGUACAAGGAACAUGGUAUUGAAUUGAUUCUGAAUACACAAGUUAAGUCGGCUGAUGUGAAGAGCAAGACGCUACUAACUUCGACAGGAGAAACCAUAAGCUACAAAAUUCUCAUUGUUGCAACAGGUGCUCGGCCUUUGAAACUGGAAGAAACUGGGGUGAGUGGAUCUGAUGCGGCGAAUGUGUGCUACUUAAGAGAUUUGGCGGAUGCAGAAAGACUUGUAAAUGUCAUGCAAUCCUCUAGUGGUGGAAAUGCUAUUGUCAUUGGUGGAGGCUAUAUAGGAAUGGAAUGUGCCGCAUCUUUGGUGAUAAACAAAUUAAAAGUCACUAUGGUUUUCCCCGGGGCACAUUGCAUGGCCACUUUAUUUACCCCGAAGAUUGCCAGUUACUAUGAAGAGACGGAAGGUGGUGAAAAUAUUGUUUUUGACAGCAUUGCACGUUUGAAGAAUUUGAGAAAUUUUAUACAAGAUAUAAUUGAAAAAUGUGGUAUUAAGUUGAUCGAAAUUCCGACUAAGUUAAAUCCUACUGAUGCAGGUACAAAGGUAAUAAGAGCAAAUGAAGUUUCAAAGUGGAACCACCUGUGGGCAUUUGGUCUAGUGGUAUGA